AUGGCAUCAGAGCCCAAUGGCGUGCAUGAAAAUGGUACAUCUUCAACAUGUGUUGAAAAUGGAAAGCCACUGUCGAUUGAAAGAACCGAUGACAAGAAUAAAAUAGUGAGACACCCUCGAUGGACGAGACAAGAAACACUUUUCCUCAUAGAAGGCAAGAAGGUUGCAGAGGAUCGAGGGCUAAAGGGUAGAAGAUCCAGUUCAAUUUUCGGGUCGGAACAGUAUGAACCGAAGUGGGACUCAGUCUCAUCAUACUGUAGACAGCGAGGAGUGAACCGAGGACCAGUUCAAUGCCGGAAAAGAUGGAGUAACCUUGUCUGUGAUUUCAGGAAGAUAAAAAUGUGGGAGUCUCAGGUAAAAGGAGUUAAUGAAUCGUUCUGGACAAUGAGAAGCGAUUUGAGAAGGGAUAGGAGACUCCCUGGUUUCUUUGAUCAAGAAGUCUACGAUGUCUUGGAAGGAAAAACAUUCAUAGACGAUGCAUAUCAACUAGCACUUGUGCCAGUAAGUCCAGAUGAAAAGAAUGGUUAUGGCAUAGAUCGGGUUGGAGCCGAAGAUGAGGAUGAGAUGGUGGGGGACGAGGAGGCUGAGGCAGUUUUCAAUGGAAAUUAUCACAGCAUACCAGAGGAUAGCCUUUUCCCAGAAUUUGAACAGGUCGCACAAGAUGAAAUCGGUGAGAGUCGAGGAAAUGAAAAAGCUACAAAAGAUGACAGAACAAAGUCAAUUCCUUCACCAGUGCCAAUAUCAGGUGCAGAAAGAGGGAAACGGACACAGCCAAAUUUCAAGACAGGAUCUACUAUGUUUCAGGAGGGAGUGAAGAGAAGAAGAUUUUCAUCAGAUGGAUGUCAAAGUAUUGAUGCAGCUGAUCGCUUAAUCAAAGUUCUCCAGAGUAACGCCAGUCUUCUGAAUGCACAACUUGAAGCUCAAAAUAUGAACUGUCAAGUCGACAGAGAGCAGCGAAAUGACCAGCACAACAGUUUAGUCAUUGCUCUUAACAAGAUUACUGAUGCACUAGCAAAAAUUGCAGAUAAGUUGUAA